CGCGGCAGCUGCUGUCCGGUCCUUCCCGGUCUCAGCGGCCCGGGUCGCACAGCCGCAGGCUGAACGCAGGGAGGAGCCCCGAGCGGGGCCGCGAGAUGGACUCAGUGGUCUUUGCGGAUGUGGCUGUGUACUUCACCCCAGAAGAGUGGGCUUUGCUGAAUCGUGGUCAGAGGAGGCUCUACAGAGAUGUGAUGCUGGAGACCUGCAGGAACCUGGCCUCACUGGAUUGUUGCAUUCAAGUUAAGCCUUGUGGAUCAGGGACUCAGCUGAAUAUUUUGGAGAAUGAACUAUCCAGUGAAGACAAAAUUGUAAGAUUUACAAGAAACGAUUCCUGGGCUCUUUUUGGAGAAAACUGGGUGUUUCAUCACAUUGGAGAUCAGUCCCAAUCCCAGGAGAGGUGUUUGAGAAAUCAUUUGGUGGAGCAUGUCUGUGAAAGCAAUGAAGAUAAUCAAUGUGGAGAUACCGUAAACCAGAUUACAAGUCUUAGUGUGCAUGAGGAUUGUCCUACUGGAGACAAAUCCUGUGAAUGUGCUAAGUGUAGAGAAGCCUUCACAGAUGGUUCUUUCCCCGAGAAUCCACAAAGAUCUCAGCCUGGAAACAAACCUAGUCCCUGUGAAGAAUGUGGGCCAGCCUGUAGCUGUGUCUCGAGGCUCAGCACUCACGUGGACACGGACCUUGUAGAGAAACCCUAUGAACAUCAGGACACUGGGAGAGCAUCAAAGAGAGACUUGAAGAGUCUCGGUAGUAAAAAAUCUUUAGAGUGCAAGAAGUGUGGAAAAGCUUUCACUUGUACCUUAUCCUUUCAGGGUCAUGUAAAGGGUCACUGUGGACAGAGAGUCCAUGCGUGUGAUGUGUGUGGGAAAGCUUUUAUGUAUCAGUCCUACCUUAGACGUCACGUGAGAACUCACACUGGGGAGAGACCCUAUGAAUGUGUGGAGUGUGGGAAAGCCUAUAGCUGCCUCUCGUAUUUUCGAGAACACGUGAAAACACACAGUGGCGAUAAACCCUAUGAAUGUAAGCAGUGUGGGAAGACAUUCAAGUAUCCUGCGUCCCUGCAAGGACACAUGAUGACACACACUGGAGAGAGACCGUACCUGUGUCAGCAAUGUGGGAAAGCCUUCAGUUGUCCCAAAUACUUUAGAAGACACGUGAGAACGCACAGUGGACUGAAACCCUAUGAAUGUACAUUAUGUGGGAAAGCCUAUAGUUGUUCCUUAUCUCUUCAAGAACAUGUCAGAACACACAGCGAAGAGAGACCCUAUGAAUGUCAGCAGUGUGGGAAGGCUUUCAGACAUCCUCGAUAUUUCCAGAGACAUGUGAGGAUGCACAGUGGAGUGAAGCCCUACGAGUGUAAGGAGUGCGGGAAAGCGUACAGCAGCUCGACAUCACUGCAGGAACACGUGAGGACGCACACUGGGGAGAGGCCCUUCGAGUGUCAGCAGUGUGGGAAAGCCUUCACUCGUCACUCCUCCCUUCAAGGGCACGUGAGGGCGCACAGUUUGGAGAAACGUUAUGAGUGUGCACAAUGCGGGAAAGCCUUCCGGUGGUCUUCGUCCUUACAAAAACACGUGCGAACGCACAGUGAAGAGAAACCCUAUGAAUGUCAGCAGUGUGGCAAAGCCUUCUGGUACCCGGCCAACCUGCGAGCCCACAUGAAGACACACACUGAGGAGAGACCCUAUGAAUGUCCGCACUGUGGGAAAGCCUUCAGCUGUCACUCCUCCCUUCAAGUACACGUGAGAAAGCACAGCGGGGUGAAACCCUACGAAUGCAAGGAGUGUGGGAAAGCCUUCUGGUAUCCAGUAAACCUGCGGGCACACGUGAGGACGCACACUGGGGAGAGACCCUAUGAAUGUCAGCAGUGUGGGAAAGCCUACAGGUGUCCUGCAAACCUGCGGGUCCACGUGAGGACGCACACCGGGGAGAGGCCGUAUGAAUGUCAGCAGUGUGGGAAAGCCUUCAGGUAUCCCGCAAACCUGCGAGCCCACGUGAGGACUCACACCGGGGAGAGACCCUAUGAAUGUCAGCAGUGUGGGAAGGCCUUCCGGUACCCCACAAACUUGCGAGCCCACGUGAGGACUCACACUGGGGAGAAACUCUGAAUACAAGGACUGUGGGAAAGCCUUCAUUUGUCCUUAAAAUCUUGUAAAGCCAAUCAGACACACUGGCAGGAAACCUUAUGAAUGUAAAGAAUGUUGGAAAACCUUCAGGUAUAGCACCUCAUAUAUUUUGUACAUAAAAACUCAGGGCUGGACAGCACUCUUUGUUAUAAACAUAGUUGUGCCUCAUAAGUGCCUCGUCCAUAACAGGGAUCUCUAUUAUAUUUAUUUCCACUGCAUGUUGCUGAGAGGAACACCUAAGAUAAAAUAUCCUUCUAUGUGCCCUUUGUAUGAAAUAUAUUUUGUUAUCUCACACAGGAAAAGAUUGUAUAGUUAUAUAAAACUUAUCUCAUUUCCAUUACAAUGUCUUUGGGCUUCAGGGGUGAUAAGUGAUUUGUAAAUAUAUCUUGUCCUCCGUUGUGGAUACUGGAAAUUCCAACUCGGUAUCUACUCUUCCUUUCAGUCUUUGUGGUUGAAUGAUGUGUCUUCACAUUUGCUUGUCAAUGCUGUGUACCACACCUGUGCUCCACACAGAAAUUAGUAAAUGUGCCGGGAUGUUGAAAGAGGACAAUCUCCUCCGAUUGUGUUCAUAUUUUGAACGCUGCUGAUCGCCCUUCAUCUUGAUUGUUCGUCAGUCAUGACGUGUUAGGAGAAACCUUGUGGUGUGAAGAUGAAAGCUAGCAUCUGGCUGGUUCUACUGGAUUUCGUUGUGAGCGUGGUGAGGCAGGAGACCAGAUGUCUCAGAGUCCUUCUCUGUGCGGUUCUGAAAUGAAGGCCCUGAAGAAAGAAACUGCGUGAAGAAGCCAUGAGUUUCCAGCAGGAGACAGAUGCCAGGGGACCCAUGUGGGCCUGGGUCACAGCACAUUUUCCUGACUUCUGAUCUGUCGUCUGGAAUGGCCCCCAACCUAGCACAAGUUUAACGUUAGUUUUUGUUAAGUAGCAUACUCCAGAGACUUUUCCACAAGCUCUCCUGUGAUGGAUGGUCUUGGUUUUCAGGUCCAUACGGUUCCUUGCUUUGCCCUGUGGCUCUUUGUGUCCAUGAGGCCACCUCUUCAGGUUAUCAUGUUUAGGGAUCUCCCAUGCUUUUCCUAAUACAUGAUUUCUGUGCUGAGCAUCUUGUCCUUCUCAGGAUAGAUCUGACAGAUUUAAUGCUACAGCCUCAGAUGCAGGAAAACACCUUCCCUGGUUGCACUGUAGAGAGGCUGCACUGAUCCUGUAUUUCUUCCUUCUGGUUGUUUCCAUAAUUGGAAUAAGCACUUGUGAGUGUAUGGCGGUUUGUGGGAAUUUUACCCUAUAGCUGACUAGCUGACUGCUAUCUAAGAGAUAAAUCCAGUAUGCUUAAUUACUUUCUGUUGUUAAAUGUAAUUCCUUUCUGUUGUUAAAUGUGAUUUCCCAGUGGUUUUUUAUUUUUAAUACAUGAUU